AAUCUGAUCCCCCACUCCAACAGGUCACAAUAGCUGGAGCUCUGAGGGCCCAGGCCCCCUGAGCCAGGAUGAGAGGAGGAAGGCCAAGGAAAGAUGGAGAGCAACUGCUACUUCAACCUGCCUGAUUUCACCCAGCCAUCUCCACCCUCCACUCCAUCCAGCCUCCCCUCGAGCCAGCGCUGCUGGCCUUCUGAUGCCACCAAGGGCCUGCUAGUGGCACUGCUCGGCGGGGGCCUGCCUGCUGGCUUCGUGGGCCCCUUCUCCCGGAUGGCUUACCAGGCAUCUCGCUUGCCCUCGCUGGAGCUGCUCAUCUGCCGAUGCCUCUUACACCUUCCCAUUGGCCUGAUACUUCAGCUGCGUGGUGACCCGCUCUUGGGGCCUCCUGACGUCCGGGGCCGGGCCUUCCUCCAUGCCCUGCUCAAUGUGCUCAGCAUCGGAUGUGCCUACAGCGCCGUGCAGGUGGUACCUGCUGGCAACGCUGCCACCGUCCGCAAAGGUUCCUCCACGGUCUGUUCUGCUCUCCUUGCUCUCUGCCUUGAGAGCCAGGGGCUCAGUGGUUACGACUGGUGUGGACUGCUGGGCAGCACCCUGGGAUUAAUCAUCAUCGUGGGACCUGGACUGGGGACACUGCAGGAGGGGACCACAGGUCUCUACACGGCCUUGGGUUAUGUGCUGGCUUUCCUGGGUGGCCUGGCAUUGUCUCUAGGCCUCCUGGUCUAUCGCUCGCUGAACUUCCCCUCUUGCCUGCCCACAGUGGCCUUCCUUUUUGGCCUGGUGGGGCUGGCAGGGGCAGUGCCAGGCCUCUUCAUAUUGCAGACCCCGGUGAUGCCCUACGACCCUCUGAGCUGGAGCUGUGUCGGAGCUGUGGGCAUCCUCGCCCUGGUCUCCUUCGUGUGUGUGAGCUACGCGGUCACCAAGACCCACCCUGCCCUCGUGUGUGCCGUCCUGCACUCCGAGGUGGUGGUGGCUCUGAUGCUGCAGUAUUACGUCCUCUAUGAGACCGUGGCACUUUCUGACAUCAUGGGCGCAGGGGUUGUAUUGGGCAGCAUUUUUGUCAUCACGGCCCAGAACCUCAGCUGUGAGCGGGAUGGGCAGGUGGAGGAAUGACGUGGGACCUGAAAAGCCUAGGGGUUGGUUGGGGGUGGG